AUGGAUAAAUUGAAACUGGUGCCCUUCGAGGAAGAGUUGAAAAAAAAUUCAGAAUUACGGGAAGAUCACAUGCAGGUACUGAGAGAAUGGCACAAAAAGCAGCCGCACCUGCCACCCAUCACAGACAGCGAACUGGCCUUGUUCCUCCACAGCAAUGAAUACCACAUUGACCCAACAAAGAGCACGAUUGAACAUUUUUAUACUUUGAGAACACACUUGACCGAAGUUUUCUCAGGCAGGGACAUUGAAAAAGACGAUAACUUGAAGCAGAUAAAAAAUACAGUAUUGUGCUUCCCGCUGCCCCAGUUGUCUCCCGAUGGCUACGGCAUCAUCUACGGCGCGCUACAGGACUUUGAUCCCUCGCACUACAACUACACCAGAGCCGUGAAACUCCUCUCCAUGACCUUGGACCUGUACAUGUACCAACGCGGCACGAUGAAGGGCCUCGUGAUCAUAUUCGACCUCAAGGGCGUGGCACUUGGACACGCCAAUCAGAUAAACCUCGGCACGUUCAAGCGGUUCAACGAAUACGUCCAGGCCGCCCUGCCGGUCAGGUUCAAGGGGAUGCACCUCAUCAACUCCAACAGCGCCAUGGACGUCAUAAUGAGCCUGGCCAAGCCUUUCGUCAAAAAGGAAGUGCUCGACAUGAUGCACUUGCACCCCAAGCCCGAGACCUUGGAGAAUUUCAACAUCAGCCUGGACCUGCUGCCGAACGAGUGCGGGGGCAAGGCUGGAGCGCAAAAGGACCUAUUUGCCAAGGAGUUGAAGAAACUGGAAGAGCACCGCGAAUGGUUCCUGCACGAAGAGAAAAAUCAACGGGUCGACGAGGCCAAGCGCGCGAACGGACCGGAGCGCCUUACCGAUCGUUCGAGUCUCAAGGGUAGUUUCAAGAAACUCGAGCUCGACUGA